AGCCAUGCAUACUUUGAUUUAUGGGUUACGAUGUUUGUUACAAUGUUUAUUUGAGUCAUGCCUUUGGACAGCAAAUCCAUUUUGCCUUCCGCAGUUGGUAUAAUAUUUGCAAAGAGAGGCAGCUUCACAACAUUUGCUUCACAGGAAUAGUCAAAUGUUUUCAUUUUUCUUUUGACCACAACCUUAUUUACUUACGUGCACAUCCUCUCCCCUUAGAGAUGAAUUGAUUUUAUUUUGAUUCAUUGGUUUUCUAAAGUACAGCACAUUUGCUUCAGGAUGGUUUAGCAAAUGAUGCAUACAGAAGAGUAUGUAAAUUGACAAAUGUAAAGGGAUUGUGAACUUGGUGCUUGACAUUUUGUUCUUGACCAAAGGUAAGACUAAAAGCAAUGAAAGGUACAUGUUGCUUUGUGAAAUCAAAGCAAUGAUGGGGGAGUUCUUAGCUUUGCUGGUUCUGUCAGGGCUUCUCCAACAUCUGCUGCCUAAUUGCUCCUGCAUGGAGUUUGACCUAGAUGGAAAGUAUUUGCUGGGUGGACUUUUUGAUGUUCAUACUACCACCACAUACAGUGUUCGUGAUCGUCCUUUGGAAUUGGAUUGUUCAAAACAGCUCUUUACACUGGCAAGUUAUCGAAGGCUCCAGGUGAUGAGGUUUGCGGUACAGGAGAUCAAUAACUCUACCCUCAUCCUGCCCAAUCAGUCACUUGGCUAUGAAAUAUUCGACUUUUGCUCAAAUGUCCUCAAACUUCCAACUGUCUUGAGUCUCAUGUCCAGUAAUGGAUCCAUAGAAGUCAAGGAUAAAGAUGUUGACUACCUCUCCAAAGUAAUAGGAAUCAUCGGUCCAUACAAAAGUGCAGAUACCAUAACUAUUGCUCCUUUAUUCAUGAUGCACCUCAUUCCUAUGAUCAAUUAUGGAGCUGCAAGUUCAGCUCUGAGUGAGAAGAGCAAAUAUCCAUCUUUCUUUCGAACUGUACCCAGCAACCACGACAAUAUACAGCUGAUUGUUUCCAUUUUGCAACACUACAAGUGGCAUUGGGUUGCUUUCAUCACCAGCCAGGAUGCCUACAGUGAAGACGGCUUGGACCUUUUCAUAAGCAUGAUAAAGGACACUGAAAUAUGCUUAGCGUAUACAGCUAAUGUGAAGAAAUCAUCCAAUGUCCUAGAUAUGUUUAGAACAAUAGAUAAUCUUGGGGUAAAUGUUAUUGUUGUUUUUACUUUGCUGAAUGAUGCAGAGGUUAUGUUUCAAACAGCAAUAACAAGUAACAUACAACAAAAAGUAUGGAUUGCAAGUGAUGUCUGGUUCUUAGACGAAAAACUCCCCAAACUGAAGGGAAUCGAGACGAUCGGCACCAUCAUUGGGGUAACACUGUCAGUCGCACCAUUACCUGGUUUCGAAGAGUAUCUCAAUUUCUCAAAAGAGCAAGGACAAUGUACAGCCUGUGCACUAGACUCCCCUGGAGAGAUGCUCUGUAGACCUGCUUGUGACGAAUGCACCGCUGUGGGUGCAGAGGAAAUCCUUUCUGAAGACGUAUCCCACAAUUUUGCUGUUUACGCUUCCGUCUAUGCGUUAGCCAAUGCAUUACACAAUGUGUUGGAGUGCAGCAAUGAGGGAUGCAAUGACAAUGUUACAGUGCACCCCUUCAUGCUCCUGAGGGAGUUAAAGAAGUCAAAUUUCACGCUUUUAAACCAAAAUGUUCAAUUCGAUGUUAAUGGGGACCCAGUGUCUGCAUCAUAUGAAAUCCUUUUCUGGAAGAAUGGCUAUCAUGUAAUGUUUGGGUCUUACAAAACAUACCCAAAUGUUCAGUUCUUUAUUAACAACAGUAAAAUACAGUGGCAUACCAAUAGCUCUGUGCCUGUGUCACAGUGUUCCCCUGACUGUCAAAAGGGAUUUGUGAGAAAUCAGAAUGGAGACUACAAAUGCUGCUUUAAAUGUGAAAUCUGUCCAAGGGAUACCUAUAUUGACAGAACAGUGAGUCUAUACCAGUGCAAGAACUGUCUGAAGACAGAGUGGUCGGAGCCAGGAAGCAUUGCUUGUCUUGAUCGUACAGUGGAGUACGUAUCUUAUACAGAACUUUUUGCCAUCGUUAUCCUGGUCCUAACUAGUUUAUUGCUUGGACUAACACUGGCUGUUACCAUUCUUUUUGCUCGCAACUUUGACACACCUGUUGUCAAGUCUGCCGGGGGACCAAUGUGUGUCCUUGUCUUGGGCUGUCUAAGUGUUGCUAGCUUCAAUGUGUUCUUCUACCUUGGUAAGCCAACAGAAAUUAGUUGUUUUUUACGUAUUUUGUAUGUUUUGUUAUUCACUAUUUGCUUAGCCUGUUUAGGAGUGCGCUCCUUUCAGAUAGUUUGCAUUUUCAAAAUGGCGACUAAGUUCCCUGGGUUGUACAAAUGGUGGACAAAGUAUAACGGACAGUGGCUAGUCAUAGCUGGGACUUUUCUUUUUCAAGUGUUGUUGCUUCUAGCUUAUGUAGCCAAACCACCUAAACCGUACAAUGACACAACAAGCAAAAACCUAAUUAUAAUGAGAUGUGACUUUUUCUGCUAUGGACCACUAGUCAUAUCCAACUGUUUCCUUGCAGUCUUGUGCAUGUUAUGCUUUAUAAUCUCAUACAUUGGAAAGAAUCUGCCCAAAAACUAUAAUGAGGCUAAACCAAUCACCUUUUGCCUGCUUAUCCUUAUCCUUAUCUGGAUGGCCUUUGGCACAACCACCAUGCUGUACAAGGGGAAGUACAUUCAAGGUCUCGAUGCAUUGGCCGUGGUUUGUAGUCUGUACUCUAUCCUCCUUUGGUAUUUUCUACCAAAGUGCUAUAUCAUAAUUUUUCAGCCUCAAAGAAAUACACAACAGCACUUCCAAGGUCUGAUUCAAAGUUACACCCUGAAUAUCAGCAACUAGGAGCACAACAUGCACAGUUACAUGGAUGAUAUUUAGCUUAUAUUUGAUCUCUUCAUAGAUUUAUAUUUAUACCUUUUUAUGAAUCUUUAUUUGGUUUGGGGUACAACAGCAUUUUUGACUUUUACUUUAGUGAUGACUGUAUACUAGGUUUAUAGUAAACUCUAAAGUAAUUCACUUUUAUUAAAGUGAAUUAUUUAAGUAUGUCUUUCAACUGUCAAAAAACGGAUUUGUCCUUAGUAAAUAUAGUUGAUUUAUUUUUACACUAUAGCAGGUCUCUAUAUACAGACCUUUUCACUGACAUCUUUGUUCGCGUUAUAUGUCCCUUAACCACAUGGUGUCGCUACCAGGCCUUGACACUGACAGUCUCUUCAGGAUUGUCUAGGCUAGGUGAGCUGUUAGUAUGCUUUAUGCUUAUUUGUGGAGUAUAUAGUACACAUUGUUUGUAUAAAAUGUCCUAACUUUAGUUGGAACGCAGUCGCAUACAUUUGAGAUUUUAGGGAUUUUAUGCUUGCAAUAAAUUGCUACUAGUCUGUGUAAACGUAGGCUAUAGUGAGAAAAAAACUUAAGUUCAACAGUGAAUCUUCAAGUAUGUUGU